AUGUCGCAGCCCUCGCUCACCAACUUCAUUGUCAAGCGCCCCUGGCUGAAGCGCUGGAUGACCCCUCUCGCCAACUGGUACACCGACGCCGCUGGCUACAGAAAGUUGGGCUUGAGAGCCGACGACCUUAUCCCUGAGGAGUCCGAGACGGUCCUUCUCGCCCUCAAGCGUCUCCCGCCCAAGGAGGCCUACGACCGUGUCUUCCGCAUGCGCCGCGCUUUCCAGUGCUCCAUCUCACACCAGCUUCUCCCCAAGAACGAGCAGACCAAGCCCGAGGAUGAUGUCCCAUACUUGAGCCCUAUCAUCAAGGAGAUCGAGUCUGAGAAGAGAGAGAGAAUGGACCUCGACGCCAUGGUCAUCAAGAAAUAA